AAAGAACACACACUGCGCACGCAAACUUCCCCCAACUCACCGCUGCCGUCCGGACUCCCGAGUCCCGACCGUGAUGGCGGGCUCAGGAGGAGGAGGUGCCCCCGCCGCUGCCGCUGCGCUCGCCGUGACCCUCCUCCUCGUCUGCCCCCUCUCCGGCGCGAUCCAAGGCUCCUCCACCUCUCACGCCCUCUGCCGCGCCGGCGCCAACGCCGGCGGGCUCUGCGAGCAGCUGCUCCUGCCGCUGGGCUACCCGUGCACCGAGCACAUCGUUGAAACAGGUGAUGGCUUUCUUUUGUCUCUUCAGCAUGUUCCACAUGGCAAAAAUGGACUUGCAGACAAUACUGGACCUCCAGUUUUUCUUCAACAUGGUCUUUUUCAGGGAGGAGACACAUGGUUCAUAAAUUCUGCUGAACAGUCACUUGGAUAUAUCCUUGCUGAUAAUGGCUUUGACGUUUGGAUUGGGAAUGUCCGUGGAACACGUUGGAGUAAAGGCCAUUCAACUUUGUCUGUUCAUGAUAAGCUUUUCUGGGAUUGGAGCUGGCAAGAGCUUGCUGAAUAUGACCUUAUGGCCAUGUUAAGCUAUGUAUAUACAGUUACACAGUCCAAAAUUAUUUAUUUGGGGCAUUCACAGGGAACUAUUAUGGGUUUAGCUGCAUUCACAAUGCCUGAAAUUGCAAAGAUGAUUAGUUCUGCUGCACUUCUUUGUCCAAUUUCUUACCUUGAUCAUGUUAGUGCAACUUUUGUUCUCAGAGCAGUCGGCAUCCAUCUUGACCAGAUGCUUCUUACUAUGGGCAUCCAUCAGCUGAACUUUCGGAGUGAUUUGGGGGUUCAAAUAUUAGAUUCUCUGUGUGAUGAUGGACAUCUGGACUGCAAUAAUAUGCUGUCUUCGAUAACAGGGGAAAAUUGUUGCUUCAAUGCAUCACGGAUUGACUAUUACUUGGAGUAUGAACCUCAUCCAUCAUCAACUAAAAACUUGCAUCAUCUUUUUCAGAUGAUCAGGAAAGGCACUUUCGCGAGGUAUGACUAUGGAUUGUGGGGAAACCUGAGGCGCUACGGCCGGUUGCAGCCUCCUCCGUUUGACCUAAGAAGCAUUCCGGAAUCACUGCCAAUGUGGAUGGCAUACGGAGGUCUUGAUGCAUUGGCUGAUGUAACGGAUGUUCAUCGUACCAUCAAAGAACUGAGAUCUAUGCCAGAAACGUUGUACAUUGGUGAAUAUGGCCACAUUGAUUUUGUUAUGAGCGUCAAGGCGAAAGAUGAUGUUUAUGUCGACUUGAUGAGGUUUCUUAGGGCAAAUGGAUGGCACAGCAGCUACUAGCACAUCCUUGUGUGUGCUCACGCAAUAUCUGUACAGUAAUGUUUCAUUCUUCUGUGUCAUCUGGUUUACGAGAAUGACAGUACCAUUAUAUAAGCAUUGUACAUCUCAAAAGAAAAACGAAUCCAUUAUGAAAUUGUAUAUAAGCUUGUUGAGGUGUGCUGCGUAUUCAGUCACUUGUCUGACCAUUCGUUUGUGAUACUACAAAAAAGUUUGUACUC